UGUGACCGCAGACAGAGAUGGGCGAGAAGAUAAACUGCUGUAACUAUGGCGACCGCAUUAAUUCCAGAACUUUCCAGUCCCGCCCAGAAUAGACACCUCAUCGUCGAUGUGGUCUAUAACAGGGCGGCAGGGCAAAGGCAGGCUCAGUGUGAAGGUGACCCAGGGGAAAGGCGGACACAGACCCACAGACAGACACAGAGACGGUGGGGACGAAAGCAGGUUCCCGGAGAAGGAGUUCAAAAAGUAUUAUGAGAAGUGAUCAAAGUGUUUUGAGAAGUCUGCUUGGUAUUUUCCUUACAAUUGGAUACAGUUCAGCUAUUGUCGAGUUUAAGGUCAAUACCCCAGACACAGUGGUCACUGCUGUCUAUGGCCAGUACGUUGUGCUAAGAUGUAGCUUUACCGUUCAGCAUGGAUCUUCAUCACUAGAACAACUGGUCAUCAAUUGGCAACGUGUUGAGACUGAGGACGUUGUGUAUAGUUAUUAUUAUGGAAAGGAGCAACUGAGUCACCAAAGCCCUCAGUAUUCUGGAAGAACAAGCUUAUUCAUGGAGGAAUUAAAACGAGGGAAUGCUUCACUGAAGCUGGACCAAGUGAAAUCAGAGGAUGCUGGGCAAUACAAGUGCUUUGUUAGUGGUGCUUCAGGAAGCGGCUGGGGCACCCUGUCUUUAAUAUUUGCAGCAUAUUACAAGGAACCUGACUUUUACAUCCAACUACAACCAUCUGGGACAGUGUUCAGAUUUGAAUCCCACGGUUAUCCUCAGGCCUCUGUAUCUUGGCACAAUGGAGAAAAUGAAGAUAUUUCUACCCAGUCUGAGACUUAUUACCAACAAAGUGACAAUGGCCUAUACUCACUGCACAGUAUUUUGGAAAUAACUGAUGCCAGUAGAAGUUCAAACUAUACCUUUAAGCUAACGAAUGAUGUGCUACAUCAAUCGGUUUCUCGAACAUUUGGCCUUUCUGUGGAAACGAAAACUGCUGAAGUUUGUACAAGAAACCGAUGGUCGAUUACAGUCCCUCUCCUUCUGACUGAAUUUAUAAUUAUUUUAAUUCUGGUUCUUCAGUUGAAAAUCAAACAAAAACAAUUCUGCAGCGUGAAAUGAUGGAAUAUUCAGGAAGAGAAUGUGUAAAGUUUCUGCUUGGCUCACGCAGCCCUGAAAUAUCAUUUUUAACUCUUUAAACAGCUCUUCAUCAGAUGCCAGCAGUUCCAGGAAAGGGAAUUUUAUCAGUAAGGUUGAACUGAGUUGAUCCCUUUGGGACAUACAAGACUGAGGAGAAAUUUGACAUAGGAGUAUGCGAAUGAUGGAUUUAGUAAGGUAGGCAAGAAAUGUUGUCCUCAGGACCUGAUGGUAAAAGAGGGAGACAUUGGAGAAUCACACAUUUGAGAUUUUGAAUAAGGAAUGCUCAAAUAGAUUUAUUGAAAUGUCUUAAUGCCUUUAAUUGGAAUAAAAUUUUAUAUAUGAGCAUAAUAAUUACCGUCUGAUAAAAUGUAAUAAAAUGUUAUUACAAUCCACA